AUGAAAAGAGCAAGUGAGAGACUAAAUGUGUUGCUCCAUAGCCUUCAAGCUUCCUCACUUUCACUAGAAGAUGACGACAGUGAUUAUGUCCUGAUUCAUGACAUAGUUCAUGAAGAAGCCAUCACUAUUGCGUCAAUGAAUCGGCACAUAUUGGUGAUUAAUAAUGACUACAGAUUGGAGGAAUUGCCAAGGGAAAAGAUCAAGCAGAGUAGCAUAAUAUCCAUGCCUUGGGUUGAUGUUUUCGAGCUUCCCACAGGAUUGCAAUGUCUAGAACUUAAGAUGUUUAUAUUUUUUGCGGAUAAUAAUUCUUCCAAAGUCCCAAAUUCAUUUUUUGAAGAAAACCAUAGAACCUUGUGUCUUGAUUGGUCGUCCGACUUGGAUGAUAUCACCGUCAUUGGGAAAAUAAAACAACUACAGCUUGUCGUGGAAUCUCUUGUGGAUGCUAACAUUAGUGUGGUCGGAGUUCAUGGCCCAAGAGGUGUAGGUAAGUCCACACUAAUGAAACAAGUUGUGAAUCGUGUUAGUGCGGAGAAGCUGUUUGAUGAGGUAGCAAUGGCGACAGUAUCCGUGAAUCCGAAUGUGAAGAGAAUUCAGGGAGAAAUCUCGGACAUGUUGGGUUUAAUGUUCAAAGCCGAAAGUGUCCAUGGAAGAGGAUUCCAACUGAGGAGUAGGUUAGAAAAAUCUCAGUCUCAGAACAAAAAGGUCCUCGUAAUCUUGGAUGAUCUCUGGAAAGAGCUUCACCUGGAAGAGGUGGGAAUUCCUCACAUGAAGGGAGUCAAAUUGCUGCUCACGUCUAGAAGCCAAGAUGGUGUCCCCAUCAUGAAAGGAGCAAGAGAGAGACUAAAUGUGUUGAUCCGUAGCCUUCAAGCUUCCUCACUUUUACUAGAAGAUGACGACAGUGAUUAUGUCCGGAUUCAUGACAUAGUUCGUGAACUCGAGAAGAUUGAACCCGGUGUGCUCAAAAGCUUAGCUCGGUUAGAAGAGUUGAAGAUGGAAAAUAGUUUCACCAACUGGGAGAAUGAGGGAGCAACAGAACAGAGCAAUGCCUGGCUUAUCGAGCUGAAUAAUAUGCCUAAACCAAGGAGUUUAGGCAUUCUUAUCCCGGAUGCCACCUUGCUCCUGGAGGACCUGCCACUUAGAAAUCUGUUCAAUUACAGAAUACUUGUAGGUGAUGCUUGGGAUUGGUCCAGCAACCAUAAAGAAUCAAGAACUUUGAAGCUCAUGCUGGACUCACGAAAAACUCUCCUGGAAAAGUGGCUUCAGGGAGAUUGUUGUGGAUAUGAAGAUGAAGCGAUGGGGAAUGCGAAAGUUGAGAUGCCUAAUUUACGCCGGUUAACACUACAGAGCCUACCAGAGAUUACGAGCUUGGGCAACAAUGUAUAUAAUCCAUCACUUCUAUCAGCAGGGAUCAUUUCAGAGAUUACGCCAGAGGAUGAUAUAGGCGCUUCAAUGGCUCUUCCUAGUGGAUGUCCCAUCUCGCUCCCCUCCUUGGAGGCCUUGGAAUUAUCCCAACUACCCAAGUUGGAUGAGAUAUGGUGGAGGGACACAUUGCUGGAGCAAGAAAAUUUACGAGCUCUAGUGCUGAAGGAUUGUGGGAACCUCUCUAGCAUUUUCGAUUCCCGUUCACUAAUAAAGAGUAAGAAUUUGGAAGCAUUAACUAUUGAAAGUUGCAUGAUAGUGAAACAAGUUUUUGACCUGGAGGAGCUGAACCUUAAUGCAAAUGUCAGAAUACUCCUACAGUUGCGUGAAAUGGAAUUAGUUGAUUUGCUUGAUUUCAGGUGCAUGUGGAAUGGCAAUCCUAAGGGAGCGUUUCAACUGCGAAACUUGCAUUCGCUGAAGGUCACGAAAUGUAACGGCUUGAGUUAUCUCUUUCCUUUGUCUGCCGCAAAAGCUCUCGAGCAGAUCAAAGAAAUGGAAAUUGCUGAAUGGGUGAUGAUGGAGGCCAUCAUUAUUAUGGAGGAAGAGGAAGGACAACUGAUGGAUACUCUCGUUUUUCAAUCUUUAUCCUCCGUAGUUCUUAAGAAAAUGUCCUGUUUGGCAACUGUUGCACAUGGAAAGUACUCAAUCAGUUUUCCUCUUUUGAAAAAGUUGGCGAUUGAAGAAUACCUGAAAAUGAGGGCAUUCUCUAUGCAAGAAUACUCAAUGCCAAGUGAAGGGGGCGACCAUCUGAGUGAGGAGAAUGCGGCAGUUAUGGCUUCUCUGUCCUUCUUCAGUCAAAAGGUGACAAAAGAUGCCUGGUUGAACUGUGCUGCUCCCAAGCUUGGAGGACUUGGGCUUGUUUCAAUGGACAGCUUCAAAACCAUAUGGCACAAUGAAGAAUUGAUUUCCGAGCCAUCCUCCUUUCGCCAGCUCAGAUACACUCAUGUCAGAGACUGCAAAAACCUGACUGCCGUUUUCCCAUCAGCUUUGGUAGAGAGGUUCCAGAAUAAUCUAAAAACACCUGCAAUACACAGCUGUCCCUCGGUCGAAUUAAUAUUUGAAAUAGCUGUUGCUGCUAUUGCCAAAAAGAAGAAGUACAACCCUGCUGCGGUGAUGCUCCAUGAAUUAGAAGACUUGCUGUUGGAUGAUCUACCCAAGUCGAAACACGUGUUGGAUUACGACUCCCAUGCACUUGUGGGUUUUCCUAACUUGGAGAAAAUCUUUUUUAAAGGAUGUCACAGCCUCACUUAUUUCCUACCGUUUGCCACAGCUAGAAAUCUUCUGAAACUAAAGUCAUUGACUUUGGGUAAGAGCAACAACAUGCUGGAAGUUGUUGCCGAUGGUGACAGAGGGGGUGGGCAUGACACAUUGGAGCCCAUCUCCUUCCCCCGUCUAAAAGUCUUGCAGUUGUGGAGCCUUGAAAGUCUGAUUAGUUUCUCUUCAGGAAGUUGUACAUUUGAUUUUCCCUCCCUAGAAUAUCUUUAUAUUGAUCAAUGUAAUAAUUUGAAGACAUUUAUCAUGAGGCCUGCAACAACAAGCAAUCAUGAGUUGAUGAAGUUGAAUCGGAGAUUUGAAGAUGAUUUUAGUCCAGCAGCAACUGUAGGAACUCUCUCCCAACCUCUUUUCGAUGAGAAGGUUGAAUUGCCAAGAUUGGAAAAAAUAUAUCUUCAGAGUUUGGGGAAUCUGCAGAAGCUGUGGGAUGAUGAGCUUCCUUCAGGCUGGAGACACUACAAGCGGAAGACUGUGGCCAUAGGUCUGUUGCAGCUUCAGGAGAUUGACAUCUAUGAUUGCGCGGUGCUGGAGGAACUCAUCGCGGGAGGAGAAGUAAUAGAAGAAGAUGAAACUCUUCCUCCUGAGGAUCAGCUCCUUUUUCCACGGCUAAUCUCAUUGAAAUUCAGGAUAUUGCCAAACCUGAAGAGACUUUUCCCUAUUAACUAUAGUAUGGAGUGGUCAUUGUUGAAGAAUUUAUCUGCAUAUGAGUGUGGCAAACUGAAGAUAUUUGCAUCUGAAUUACGACCAAGAAGUGAAGAAGAUGAUACUGAUUCUCAACAAGCCCUCUUAUCCAUUGAACAGUUAUUGUCUGCACAGCUAUGUAUACUGAUCUUUAAUCUAUAA